GGAAUGGCGUUCGGACUUCGACUGCAAGAUCCUGGCGGCCGUCACGAAUGCCGAGAAGAGCGAGCCGACCUAUCUUGAGAAAGGUUGGGGCGAGCAGCUGAUCGUGCCCACCUGCGCCUACGACGACCACGUGGUGGAGCUUAUGAACUCUCCGCAGCGUCGCGCUUGGCAACCUAGAAUGCUGAGGAAGCCCGAAGUACUUCACGACCACUUGCUGUACAAGGUGGUUCGCGAUGUUAUCGUUUAUGCGAGUUGCGAUGAAUGGGCCAUCACUGGCGCCGCCGCCAAAGAUGCCAUCCUGAUCGCCACCGGCCCUCCUACGCUCGUCCAGGACUCGCACUGCAUGAUCCCGCUCGAGGGCGGCGGCGCCGUAGAGAGGAAGCACGUGGUUCCCGCAGCUCCGCCGGACCUUCAGCUCAAUCCCGACAUCUCCGUGGGCUUCAUUGACGUCGGCAAUCGACGCCGCCGGAUUCAUUUCUUCCACUUCUGCUGCAAAUUCCUGCGCUGGUGGGCGGCCCAUUUCCCCGCCAGCGUCGAAGCCGACAGUUUCUCGGAGUGGCAUCAGCUUCGCGGCGGCGAGGUGCAGUGCGUCGACGACUUCUCGUGGGCGCAGUGGGCAUUGUACUUGAAGUACCGGAAGGGGCACUACGCCUGCGCUAAGGACAUGCUCCCAGACAUAAAGCUAAUGGAGCGCUCUCACGGCGGCCAGCACGCCGCCUU